AUGACAGGAGGUAUAUGCUCAACAUUGGGACGUAAAUUAUAUGCUGUUUCUUGUUUUAAUUUACUCCAUAUUUUAUUUGCAGAGGAUGAACCAACAUCUAAAGCUUUAGAUGCUGCGAAGGAAUUGAUUAAAUGUGGCGUUCAACAAGGUCACCUGGCAUCAAACUACCAUGUUGUGGGACAUCGUCAAUUGAUUGCGACCGAGAGUCCCGGAAGAAAACUGUAUAAUGAGAUAAGAAGAUGGUCAGAUUGGUUGGAUGAUGUCAGUUCGAUAAAGAACUAA